UGUGUGAGGUUAUGUUUAGAGUGUUACGAUAUGAUUAAUAACAUUUUUUGUAAUAUUUUAUUUGUUAAACACACAUGUAGUAAAAUAUUUACUAGAAAUUUAUCUUCAGUUACGAUUUUACCAAAAGCAAAGGAAAUCUCCCUUUUAAAUAAUGUAUAUACAACAGACAGUUACACAAACGUUACUGAAAAAAUAAUUUCCCAAUUAGGAAAGAGUAUAUAUUUAAAGCCGUACCAUCCACUGAGUUUAGUUCGUCAAAGAAUAAUUAACUAUUUUUAUAAAACUUUUGUGAAUAGACGUGAAAAUCCUGUAUUUUCCAUCUACGAAAAUUUACCACCCAUUGUUAGUGUAACUCAGAACUUUGAGAGUUUACUUAUCCCUGAAGAUCAUCCAUCUAGAUCGAAAAAUGAUUGUUACUAUAUAAACAAAAAAUACUUAUUGCGAGCCCACAUGACCGCACAUCAGUCUGAAUUGAUGAAAGCAGGUUUAAACAAUUUCUUAAUGAUAGGAGAUGUAUACCGCAGAGACGAAAUAGACAGGACCCACUACCCAGUGUUUCAUCAAGUGGAUGCUGUAAGGUUAAAAAGCAGAGAGGAUUUAUUCUUUAAAGAUGAGGCAUUACAUAUUUUUGAAGAAGGUAAUAACACUGCUUUUACCACAAAUCAAGAAAAACAAGCUUGUCAUACUUUGGAAGCCGUGAAAUUAAUGGAACACGAGUUAAAAAACACUUUAGUAGGGCUAGCCAAAAAUCUAUUUGGAGAAAAUACAGAAUAUCGGUGGGUUGAUACAUAUUUUCCAUUUACGCAACCCUCCUGGGAACUUGAAGUAUUUUAUGAAAAUGAUUGGCUUGAAUUGUUGGGUUGUGGUAUAAUGCAGCAACCAAUUUUGAAUAAUGCUGGUAUAAACAAUAGAAUAGGCUGGGCAUUCGGAUUGGGUUUAGAACGAAUAGCAAUGUGUUUAUAUAGAAUCCCAGAUAUACGAUUAUUUUGGUCUAGUGACUCUGGAUUUCUCAACCAAUUUAAAGUUGAUGAUAUCAGUAAAAAUAUUGUCUACCAACCAGUGAGUCAGUAUCCCCAAUGUAUAAAUGACAUCAGCUUUUGGCUUCCAAAAGAUCGUGAAUUUUUUAGUAACGAUUUUUAUGAAUUAGUGAGAAAUAUCGGUGGUGAUUUGAUUGAACAAGUUUCUUUGGUUGAUACGUUUACUCACCCUAAAACAGGAAAAAAGAGCCAUUGCUAUAGAAUUGUCUACAGGCAUAUGGAAAGAACUUUAACUCAGUUGGAAGUGAAUGCUGUACACAAAGAAAUAGAGAAUAAGGUGAAAGACCUUGGUGUUAUAAUUAGAUAAAUAUUUGUUAUUUAUAAAUAGUGUUGGAAUUUUUUUCUUAUUAUUUAUUGUGUAAUUAAUAACAGAAUUAAAAUUCUUCAUAAAAUUUUGUUUUAUAAAUUAACUGGAAAUUAAAAUGGUGGGACCGGACACCUGAUUUAGUAGCGAGUCUUUUUAAGUAUUUGAAGUGAUGUUACUGCUUCAAUUAUAUGUUACAAGGAUGUACUAAUCAUUAUCAAUGGAUGUCCUUACCUAAAUAAAAUAAUUGUUCAAUGAAAUUGAAAAAAACAUUUAUUUUCUUCUAUGUAUAUUUCAAAGAUAAUGCACACCAUAAUGCAUUAUAUAUUUUUUCAACAUAUUCAUCUAAGAAUUCUUAGUUUUAAGUAUCCAAAUAAAAUAAUUUGCAAUAUUUUAAGUUCUUUUAAUAUUGAAAUUUGUCUUUUAUUGUAUUUUGUAUAAAUAAAUACUGAAUUAUAUCUUGAAUAAAUCCAUUCAAUAUAUUAAAAUAUUGAUAAAAUAUCAGUUAAAAAUAAUAAAAUAUCUGUGUGAAAACAACAUAUAAAUAUAUCAAGUAGCUUGCAGAACACUGAAGGUCACAUAAAAUCUUUUCUUUAGAAAGAUUAAUUAAAAAUGCAGUUUUUUUCAAAAUUUGAGCUAAUUUAAAUUCAAAGCAGGUAUGUCAAAUUCACUUACAAGAUGUUAUACAUCAAAGACCAGCUACUUUGUAAAAGUUGUCUUCUUGACUUGGGGAUUAUAUUCUCAAAAAAAUUAAUGUGGUGUGUUUUUAAUUCAGCGAUAAUUUAAAGGCGAAACAGUUCGUAUGCCAUCUUCGGAUUUUAAGGCAAGGUAUCAAAGAUUUAUUGUCUCGGCUUGGAGAUUACAUUCUCAAAAAAACUCUGCCUUCAAAUUAAAUUUAAAAAAAAAACAGUUUUUUUUUAAACUAGUCUUGUGAUCUUCACAGUGUUACCCAUGCUAUGUUAUAUUUAUUUGUUGUUUUACCUGUUCACGUAGGCUCAUGAACAUUCAGGCAUUUUAUGAGUUGCAGCUGUUAUAGGUAAUAAAACAACAAAAUUGUU